CAUGGACAGAACGCUGAUUUUCUCCUCUCGGAAGCUCCCUGGUCUUUGCGCCGUCCUCCCAAUGUAGCGAUGAUCUUGUCGAGCCGGUGAUGGGUGACUCAUGCUCGCGGUCUACGACUUCGUCGAGUGAAGUCUACUUUUCAACUCUCUGUACGUAAUUGAACGAAUUGCGACUAUUGUAGAGAUCCGUCGGUGAGGAGAGGAAAGCACUAUAUAAUGGAUCACGGCUCUUGCAAAUUUGUGGUCAUUUUCGACGUGCUUUUAGCGGGAGGAUUGCGUGGAUGCACAGGGCGGGGGAUGUGGGGUCAGUUUGCAUCGUCCGGAGCAAGGAGGUCUUCUCUGUGGGGUGGAUUAAUUGUCUGAUUGACUGCGAGCGAGCUGUCGGAAUGAUAUCGGUGUGCAGAUUGGUGUUGCCGGGUGCGGGAAUUGGCAGAAUCAGAGUAACCGAGGGUGGGAGCAUGGGGUUCUCCAGGAGAUGUUCACGCAAUUCUUGGAAUGCAGUGACCACACCGCGAAGCGAUAUGUCCAGCGAUUCGAAGGAAUUGCAACCCAGUGUGCGAGAAUUGGAAAAGCUCGUGGGAGAUGGUUCUACUGCGCCGAAUCUGCGAAUUUCUGCUUUUCAAACUCGUCUGAAUAAAGCGUCCAAAUGGCUAGUGACCUCAGCUACAGUAGGGGUCGUUUUAUGGAGACAUGACGAGAGCGCGCUCUGGGCGUCGUUAGGAGCGGUUUUGUCAGGCGGAAUUGGAAAAGCAAUGAAGCAUUUGAUCAACGACAAGAGACCAGACAGUGCUGAUGGACGAAAGGCAGAUCCAGGAAUGCCAUCAUCUCAUGCGCAGGGUUUUUUAUAUCUGAGCACAUAUGCUAGUCUUGGAUUGUUAUCUUGGCAAAGCUUGAGUGUGUGGACCAUCACAAGCGUUUGUGCGGUACUUCUCACAGCGGCGUAUUUGUCAUGGCUCAGGGUUGCCGACGGACUUCAUACUAUACCACAAAUCUUGGUUGGUGGUACCCUGGGCUGUACAGUAGCAUCGUCUUGGUUUUGGAUCUGGAAAGCAUUCGCUGAACCAUUCCUUAAAAGCCACCCAGACGGUAAAUAUUACUUAUUCUUUGCUUCAGUAUUUGCAGGAAUUGUAUUUUUUCUCAUUUCAGCCAAAAAUUGGCGCCUAAAUCAAUAUUAAAAAAAUAGUAAAUAUCGAUCUGUGGACUUU